GAUUCAGGAGACGCAAAACUAGUCUUGAGGCUAGAAGAGCUCGAGUAUGAAGUCAGCGACCGUCUCGCUUAUUUCGUAUGCGGGAAAAGAGCUGAUCACGUGAAUGGUCAACACUUCACGAUUCCUCAGUUACCAGGAAUGACAACAUUGCCUCCGGAAAGUGCAAGAACUGCUAGGCAGCGUUUGCAAGAGCUUUCCAACAUAAAUUUAUCGCACUUGGCGUUGGACUUGCAAGACGAAGUGGAUAGGCGUGAACUCGAG